AUGUCAAUAGAAUUAGCAGUAUCUUAUGCAACAUUAAUUUUAGCUGAUGAUGGAGUUGAAAUAACAUCGGACAAACUACAAACACUUGUAAAGUCAGCAGGAAUUCAGGUUGAAAAUAUUUGGACAUCUUUAUUCGCAAAAGCACUUGAAGGAAAGAACAUCAAAGAACUUCUUCUUAAUAUUAACUUCGGGGAGCCAGCCUUGGCAACUGAAGGUGUAUCUUCUCUUCAGACAAAUGAAACAGUAAUUGAAGAAGCUCCCAAAGAAGAAGAAAAAGAAGAAUCAGAUGAAGAUAUGGGUUUUGGUCUUUUUGAUUAA